AUGCAGUUAACGAAUCCAGUAUGGAUUCAUCACUCAGGUGGUGCAAUCUACUCGGUAGAUAUUCAUCCAGACGGUACGAAGAUUGCUACAUGCGGACAAGGUGGUGAAGGUGGUUCAGGCCUCGUGAUCAUUUGGAAUGUGAAACCAGUGAUUAACGAGAAAGCUAGUCAGGAGGCAUCAUGCAGUCGACUACUCUCUCGAAUACUUCAUCAAAAUUGUGUUAAUUGUGUUCGUUGGUCUCCGGAUGGAACAUAUCUUGGAUGUGCUGGUGAUCAACAAUCACUAACACUCUGGGAAUUCGGUGGCCGAGUUUUCAGUGCUGGAACGAUUGGUUCUAAGGAUUCCGUCAAUGUUGAAAAAUAUCGGGAAAAAUAUCGACUGUAUGGCCAUUCAUUAGAUGUGUUACAUCUUGAAUGGUCUAAAGAUGGCCGUUAUCUUGCAUCCUGUGGGAUGGAUCAUUCCGUGAUCAUUUGGGAUGCCCAUAAUUUACCGAACAAAGUGGUAUCAUUAACAGUCGAACGAGGUGGACAUCAGGGUAUUGUAAAAGGAGUAAGCUGGGAUCCAAUUGGGAAAUUUCUCGCUACUCAGUCAGCUGACAAGUCUGUGAGAAUCUGGACAAUCGAUAAUUGGCAGUGCAUCAAAGUAGUAAUGGAUCCGUUUAUUGAGAGUAGCCAAUCUACCAUGUUUUGUCGAUUAGAUUGGUCACCAGAUGGUACUUAUUUGAUAGCGCCAUGUGCGAGUAAUAACUCGGGGCCAACUGCCCACUUGAUACGACGAAAGGAUUGGGAUACUACGUUGGAUUUAGUUGGCCAUCGGAAAGCUGUAACAGUGGUUCGGGCUUGUCCUCGUAUGAUUGAAUAUCAGAACUACAAGGGCAAUCGCCUUCAAGUGAGCUGUAUAGCAAUGGGUAGUCGUGACAAAUCAUUAAGCGUUUGGUUAUUGCCAAAUGUAGAUCGACCUUUAGUUGUCUUGUACAAGCUUUUUAAGCAUUCUAUACUUGAUUUUUCCUGGAAUGAUUAUCAUCUAACUAUUUGCUCCAUGGAUGGAACAGUGAAAUCAAUUGUAUUCGAUGCGAAGGAAUUAGGGCGGUUGCUUACUUCUUCUGAAAUGGGUGAUCUAUGUGAACGAAUGUAUAGUCGUCGACCACUGCAGUAUUCUUCUGAUCAGCAAAAUAAUGGACGUCAGUUGUUGUCAUUCAAGGAUUCUAGUCGAAUGUUUGUUGAUGAUCUAAAAAAGAUUCAAAGUGAAAAGCAAGAGCCGAAACAGUUAAAAAUCCACGACAGUGGUUCAUUCACUUCGUCACAAAUAAAAGAACUUCCUAGCAAUCAAAACGCUGUCAGUAUACCAAUUUCGUGUGACGCAGUCCAAACUAAUUGCUCGGAAAAGGUGCUUACUUCAUCGGAAUUGCCGAUGAAACAAACUGACCUUCGAACCAAAUUAGGAAAGCGAAGAAUACAGCCUUCUUUCAUAGCUUCUGUUACAAUUCCUGAAGCUGAAAUAACUGCAACACCUGUUUUAGUGGACGAACCAGCGUUAAAUAGUUAUGAGCCAGCGCAAGCUUCGUCUGUGCAUCUUUUGGCAUCUCCAUCCAAAAGUAAUGGCCGAGUUUUGCUAAGUAGCAUUGAAAAGGUAGAAGCCAUGCCAAGGAUUGAUGAACCAAUGGACACGCAUCCUCUGUCAUCUAGAACUGAGCAGAUCCUACCUCAUUUAUCAUUGAAACCACUGUUGCGUCCUGCUCCUUUUCCGGAAUCAUUGACAGUUAUGUUGAAUAAUAACCGUUCCGUUACCUUUUCUAUUCCGCAACAACGACGAUCAUUGUCGAUAUCUGUCCCUCCGACUGAGAUGUGUUCAAUAAAUAGGAUUGAUGUAUUGAAUGAGUAUGAAAUUGCUGCAACUAUAAAACUGACGAAGUUAUGUGGUAUGAAAGAUGCAACAGUAUUGUGGACAGCUCAUUUGGAUCCAGUUGUUUGCUCCGUUGCCGCUAGCAGUCACUGGUUUGUAGCUGGUUGCUACGACAGUAGCAUCCAUAUUUAUUCAACACCUUCUGGUCGAUUACAUACAUUCUUUACCAUCGAUUCAUUACCUUUCAUAAUUCAAGUGCAUCGCAAUUAUCUUUCUGUUUGCUCAUCUCAAGGAUUUGUUUAUUCUUGGAACAUAGAAAAUAGGAAAUGUAUUAUGUCAAGGAGAUCUAUCGCCGAUUUUUGCGAAAAAGAUUGUAAAAUAGUUUCAUGUACAUUAUCCGAUGUAGGAGAACCUAUCAUUACACUUUCAAAUGGAAGAACUUAUUCAUUUCUGCUGUCAUUAGAUUGCUGGCAAUUACUGUUUGAUGAAAAAAGCAUCCUGCCUAGAUUAAGUACACCAUCAAUGAAUGCUUCAGCUAAUGCCUUACUUGGUACUAUAAAAAGUAGCCCAAUUCAUGUGAAUAGUGAAGUCCAAAUAAGUGCCACACAUUCAUUCUUAGAAGAAAGGCUUUGCAGCGCACUUUCGUUAAAACUUCCUAAUGAUUUUCGUCACUACCUCAAUUUAUACGUACGAUCUCUACUUCAGCAUGGAUGUACCGCCAAGUUAAAUGAAAUUGUCUCAACAUAUUUUACGGCCGUUUCAAUCUGUGGGUUAAAGUGUGAUAUAUUAUUGCGUGAAAUAUUAGAGCUGGCAAAAGCAAGCGAAGGAUGCAGUGAGUUUAUUCGCGAUGUUACACUCCGCCUCGAAUCUCUUAUUUGUCAUCAGUAG